CCUUCUUCCUUCACUUGAAACCAUCAAUAUACAGUCUGCUUAUCUCCUAGGUUCUGGCUUUUGCUUCCCUGAGACAAUGGGUCGUGCAAAGCUAGAAAUAAAGAAAAUCAAGGAAUAUGGACCUCGUCAAGGGGUGUACACAAAUCGCAAGAGUGGAGUGGUGAAGAAAGCUGAUGAAUUAGCAAUUCUUUGCAACAUAGAUGUGGCGCUCACAAUGUUCUCUCCAGCUGGGCGUCCGACAACUUUUGCUUCCAAUGGAAGAAGCGAGGAAAUCUAUUUGCGAUACUUCAGAAGUCCUGAAACUCGAAGAGGGCAUGUUCUAGAUGCAUCGCCUAUUCUUGGGAGGCUCAAAUAUCUGAAGCGCGAACGAGAAUUGAUGGAGACAAUAUCGAGGAGGGAGGCUCUAAAGGAAGAAAUCAAUCUUAUCAACGAAAAAGUUAAGGAUACUAGUGAUAAGCUCAGGAUUUAUAUUCCAGUGGUGGAAGAUAUCAGGUCUAUCAUGGUAGCUGAAUUCUAUGAAAGAAUCCUAGCAUAUUCCCUGCUGCGAUUGGAAGUUCAAUGGGACGAGCUGACAAGGGAGUGGGUAAACAAUGUUCCUCAGCAUUCUGCAGAAAGUAUUAAGAUUCCAGUGGAGGAUAUCGAGAAUAUGGAGACGAUGUUGGUGGACUCAGCAGACUCUGAGCAGAUUAAUGAGUUAUUGGGGAAAGGAAAAGUUGUUGAGUCUGUCAAUGACCCUGAAGCGGAGAAAGACAACCUGGCAUCUGAAGUUGCAUAUGAGGGCUAUGCUUAGAAGUUCUGGUUGAGGCGUUUCAAUAAAACUUAUGAUUAUGGAUUGAUUUAUCGAGUUUUUUAGACUAUAUUUUUUGGUAGUUAGCUUAUGGAUCGACACUAAGAUGGAUUUAGUUUGUGGUUAGCCACAGCCGAAUUGGAUUUUUUUAUAGUACUUAUCGUCUUCUUUCAGUCUCUAAUGAUAAUUCCGAAUUUUAUCUGCUUCGAAAA